AUGUCCAGCGCCAGACUCCUAAACGUGGCCGCAUCCGGCGUCAGCGCGGUCUCUAAGCGCGCGACGGUGUCGGCGUCGGCAACGCCGUCGUGCACGGCGCGCGACCCGUUCACCGCCUCCGCGCCCAUCGCGAGCGUCUCCUCCUCGCUCGCCGGCACCUCCCUCCGCCGCCACGCCGCCGCGCAGUCCCUCUCCGCUUCCCCCAAGGCCGCCGCCGGAAAGUCCCGCGGAGGCGCGCUGGGCGCCACGUGUCAAGAGAAGAUCCUGGUGGCGAAUCGCGGCGAGAUCGCGGUGCGCGUGAUCCGGUCGGCGCACGAGCUGGGCAUCCCGUGCGUGGCGGUCUACUCCACCAUCGACCGCAACUCGCUGCACGUCGAGCUCGCCGACGAGGCCGUCUGCAUCGGCGAGGCUCCCUCCGCGCAGUCGUACCUGAACAUUCCGAACCUGGUGGCGGCGGCGGUGAGCACGGGGUGCACGAUGGUGCAUCCGGGGUACGGCUUCCUGGCCGAGAACGCCACGUUCGUCGAGAUCUGCACCGACCACGGCCUCAACUUCAUCGGCCCCAAGCCCAACAGCAUCCGCCUGAUGGGCGACAAGGCGACGGCGCGCGAGACCAUGCGACGAGCCAACGUGCCAACCGUGCCCGGCAGUGAAGGGCUGAUCGACACGGUGGAGGAGGCGUUGUCGGUGGCGGACGGCAUGGGGUACCCGGUGAUGAUCAAGGCCACGGCGGGCGGCGGAGGCCGCGGCAUGCGCCUCGUGCUGCAGCGGGAGGACUUCGUCAAGCUCUACCAGCAAGCGCGGCAGGAGGCGGGGGCGGCGUUCGGCAACGACGGCGUGUACCUGGAGAAGGCCAUCGUGCGCCCGCGCCACGUCGAGUUCCAGGUGCUGGCGGACAAGUACGGCAACGCCAUCCACCUGUUCGAGCGCGACUGCUCCAUCCAGCGGCGCAAUCAGAAGCUGGUAGAGGAGGGCCCGUCCCCUGCGCUGACCCCCGCCAUCCGCCAGGCGAUGGGCGACGCGGCGGUGGCGGCGGCCAAGAGCAUUGGGUAUGUGGGCGUGGGCACGGUGGAGUUCCUGCUGGCUGAGACGGGCGAGUUCUACUUCAUGGAGAUGAACACCCGUAUUCAGGUGGAGCACCCGGUGACGGAGAUGAUCACCUCGGUGGAUCUGAUAGAGGAGCAGAUCCGAGUGGCGAUGGGCGAGAAGCUGCGCUACAAGCAGGAGGACAUCACGGUGCGCGGGCACGCCAUCGAGUGCCGCAUCAACGCCGAGGACCCCUUCCAGAACUUCCGCCCUGGGCCUGGACGCAUCACCGCGUACCUGCCGCCCGGGGGGCCGUUUGUGCGCAUGGACAGCCACAUCUACAAUGACUACCUCGUGCCGCCGUCGUACGACUCGCUUCUUGGCAAGCUCAUUGUAUGGGCGCCCACGCGUGAGAGGGCCAUUGAGAGGAUGAAGAGAGCACUGCACGACACCAUCAUCUCCGGCGUGCCCACGACCAUCGACUUCCACAAGCUCAUAUUGGACGUGCCCGAGUUCAAGGACGGCAAGGUGGACACCAGCUUCAUCGCCAAGCACGAGGAGGAGCUCUCUGUUCCGCCCACGGGCAAGAAGGUGCAGCUGGGCUCAAAGAGCAAGCCCAAGGCUCUUGCCUAG